AGGUUCCGUGAUAUUCUGAUAAAAGUUUAGCGUUGGCAAUUGUGGUCGAGUCGUGAUGAGAAUUUAGGACAAAUUCACUUGAUUCCAGACAUUGCCUGACAUAGGUCACGUCUGUCUGAGAAUAACAAGAUUUGCAUUUCACACUAAAGGACAUUGAAGGUAUGUUGUACACUGAAAAUAUUUUUGUGAUAUUUCGCGAUAUUUCAAAGUCAUCAGAUUUAAUUCUUUGAAUGAUGCAAUUGAUCGUUAGACAGAUUUAGGAACAGACGAUCAGGCGACGCGGUCUCAAAUUCAGCUCAAGAUUGAGGCUAAGGGACUUGAUUACGGAAAUAAAUUGAAGCUCUUUAAAACAACCUUAUACAAUGGGCUUAUUUUGAGCCACGAUCCGGUGUCUGCUAUACUAGCAUUCACGUUGUCGUUGCUCCAAAGACGUGAAAAUCUUAGUUUAACGUUGUAUUCAGAACGACAACGUUGUUGAGGAUACCCUGCCCCUGGGACUGUAAAUUAUUCAAACUUUUUGUUUUGCACGAAGAAUUUCUUCGUUUCGAAGGUGCGUCUUUCAGUUUGCGUCGUGAGUUUUCCAAAUAACUCUAUUAAUAUUGAUGCAAUGACUACAUUUCGCGUGUUAACCAGGGCCUAUUUUAAGAAUUUUCCAAAUCCACACACUUCAGAGAAUGCCACUUGACGAGAUUUCGAAGUGCCCACUGUUCAACGGCAGUAGACAAAAUUUCCGGACGAUUUUGAAAUCGAAAAUGCCAUUUCCUCUGCUGGAAAUUUUAUUUAUGAUGGUUUAUGAAAGGUUGCAAAUCUCGAAGAACAUGCAUGCAGACAUGCACGUCCAGAAUUUGAUGGAUGCAUGAGAAUGAAAACUAGUUAUUUACAUUGUCCGCAUUGAUUUGUGACUUUUCAUGUUCCUUAACUUAUUUCCCGAUCUUUUAGCCUAACUUAGGUUUACAAUUUGCCCAACUUUAAUUUAUCUGGGGGGACAGCUGCGCCCCUCGUCUCGUUCGCUUAUGAUGUAUAGAGUUUACCUACUAAAAUCUAGUGUGAUCAGUGAUCUUUACCAGAAAUGUGACGUGUGAAUAGAUCUGGUGUGUGUAACCUUUUAACCUUGGUUUUCUCAUCAAGGUCUCCGAGACAACUUUAUAAAGCAUCUGUUAUUACAAUAAUUUACAACAAACGAGGAAAAGACUAUAUAACAAUUACUAAGAAUCCGAAGCAUGUUAAUUAAAGAGCUUACAGUAGAUCCAACAUGAGAGGGGGCCAUUAUAGGAGCCCCGAACUGUGCAAAGGAGAGGUCAUUCAUUUUUGGGUCGCUCUUGGGGACAUUGACUGGCCGGGGCGAAUCAUACAGACAGGCAAAGGUAUGUCUACACCACAGAAUAGAGACAUACAGAAGGACGACUUAACUCUUGGUUUUGCCUAUGAUUUUGGCGCUGACCGUUGCAAUUCGACAUCAAAAUCAUCCUAGCCAGUACGCUUAUGAGAGUAUUCACCCCCCUGAAAAUAUUCAAAAUGGCGGACGUUCAGAGACCAUGGCGACAGCAUUUUGAUGACGAAAAAUUGCGUGGCAAUUAUGGUUUUUUGGCUGGCUCUAUUCUGUCACAGAAUAAGGAAGAUACAGCAGAAGCGUAACUCUAGUCGUUUCCCUUAUUGUUUUACGUCUACGAAAAUUUUAACUCGCUCACGCCAAUCCACGGCAUCGAUCGCGUGAUUGAUGACGAAUCGCUUGUAAAAACGCGGACAAAUAUUUGCUUGAGUUACGCUUCUUGUAAACAUACCUUAAAUGAAUUGUCAUGCUAACUUCCCCCUAUUUUUUUCUCCAGGUAGAAUUAUUGGACGGUUCCUAAAGCAACAGAAGGACAGAAUAAAAAUUUAAUUUAAUAACCUGCACAGAUCACAGCUAAAACUCUCCAUAAUUUUGAAGGAAUCAAUUAAUCACAUCGGACGUCAAAUAAAGGCACGCGUUAUUUGAAAUGCACUCAAUAUUGUCAAAUUUAUGGCGCGCUUAAUAUGAUAUAAAUUAACCCACAGAAACUAUAGGCGGCAUUUUGGAAUAGCUAGCAAUAAUAGAACAAAUUUAAUUAAACAGACGCGGGCGCGCGCUGUCUAAAAUGUUCUGUAUACUGUCAGAUUAUGUGCAGACGUUGUGCGCCGCAGAGAUAUGGAAUUUAAUAUUGAAUAGCUAAAAAGUUAAUCACAUAGUUAUUCAUUGGGGUUUGGGCGUCAAACGCUAUGUGGUCCAAUGUCUGUGUCUAAAUACAGGGUGCGCGCGCUAUCUGAAAUGUACUUAAUAUUGUCAGGUGUAUUGCGUGCCUAACGUGAUAACGAUUUUCCUUAUUUAGCUUAAGACGUUGCGUAGUGAAUUGCAAGAAGGCUGACGCAGAGACGCAGACGUUACAAGUGGCGCAUAUUGGAAAAGGAUCAGUGGCUUCUUCGCUCUUCAGAGCGGAAGCACUUCCCUAUCAAUUACAGAAGUUAUUAAAGAUUCGCCAAUAAUGUUCUAAAUCUCAAGCUUCAAUCAUCACCGCACUCGUACACAAACGAGAUAACUUUGUUUGAAGUUUGGAUCUGGCCACAAGAGCCUUAUGUUCUGUUUUCUAAUACUAUCACUUGUCUUGGUCGUACUGUUACUGCUCAAGCUGAAAUAUGACAACAGAGACGUGGAAUUCAAAGGAGUAUUUUACCACAAACAAUGUAGGCUUUCGCAAUUUCUGCUUCAUAAAUGGACGACCAUAGAUGAGCCAUAUAGGCCGACAUUCUGGGCGACAAAUGGCCAUAUUCAAACGCUCUUACAUCUGCUCUGGGCAAAAGUUCCUAUACGCUGGCGAAGAGAGUAUUUACAACUAGAAGACCAAGGCGUUGUUGCUUUAGAUUGGAUUUCAACGGAUAAUGAUUAUAUGUUGAACUCCGGUAGCCCCAUUUUGGUUAUAAUACCUGGCCUAACGUGCGGUGCGCAAGAGGUUUCACCGUUAUGUCGGAAGGCGCAAGAGUAUGGUUUUAGAUGUGUUGUUUUUAAUCGCCGGGGUCAUGGAGGAUCGGUGUUGACUACAGCAUGCUUGCAAAAUUCAUGGGAAGGCAAAGAACUAGACGAAGUUAUAUCGUAUAUACAUUGCGUGUUCUCCUGCGCGAAAAUCGUUGCGGUUGCUUAUUCAUCUGGGGCUUCGCUACUGCUUUCGUAUUUGGAGGAGUUUCGGAAGUCGCCUCUAUCCGGCGCUGUUUGUAUAUCACCUAGUUACGAAAUGGAUAAAGGAAUGGAGAACAGUCUACCGCCAAUCUAUGAUUACAUAAUGACUAAACGUUUAGUGUGUUUACUUCGGCAGCAUCUAGGCCUGUCUAGCAUUAUUAACUUGGAAUCUGCGUUACAGAGCGCCAAUAUACGCGAGUUUAACGAGCGGGUCUAUGAACCGUUGAUGGGCCUGAAUGGUUUUCGCUGCACGUAUGAGAAUCAAUUGAAUAACAACUUUAAUAAUGUCUCUCGCAUUCGCGUACCGACGUUGUGCAUAAGCGCGCUCGACGAUCCGAUUUCUAGCGCCGAGUUUAUACCGUAUAGUCUUUUUAAGAAUUCUUCAAAUUUUUUCCUAAUGACGUGUGAGCGAGGUGGACAUUGCGGGUUUUACCAUGGCAACGCUGGCGUGAGCUCGUGGGCGGAUCAGAUGUCGUGCUCGUUCCUUGACUCUAUGAUUCAUUUCAACCUACGGAAAACCGUCGAGAACUCGGGACCUUCGUUGUUCGCGCAAGUCACCAGGGAUCGUAGUUAUACACAGUAGAGA